UCCGGUAUUUCAAAGGCGCGCCAAUUUUUUUUUACUAGUUCCUUGCCUGUCUUGCCGUUUAGAGUGUGAGUUAGAGUGGGAUUAUGAAGGGAUGGCUGCAGUGAUUGUAGAUGUGGGUUCUUCCAAUUGUUUGGUGGUAGAAGCAGAUAGUGAAGGUUCAUUGUUGACUGACUUAGAGGAAAAGAACAAGAUAGAUGCUAUAAAAUUUGCUAAAACCUCAAAUUCAACAUUUUUAUCUUCAGGUACUAUAAGCCAAACUCCGGAAAACAAAGUGCUGGCUAUAAACGGAGUUGUAAGUAGUAACCUUAUUGAUGGGUUGCAAGUACCAAAACGAGAACCUGACUAUCAGAAUAAAACCCAAAGCUUAAAUGUUGCUGAGCUGAAUGAAAGUAUAAUACCUUCAUAUAAUGGAAAAUGGAGACUUGGCAAACGAGGUCGACCACCUAAAAUAAAAGAAUAUUUACUUAAAAAUAAAUGGCCACAGAGUAGUGAAAUUCAAGAAAAGGGUACAACAAAUUUACAUAAUACUGUAGAGCAUAAUGCAUCUGUUCAAGAGAAAAUAUCUAAGUCUAGAACUAAGUCACACAAAAGUAAGCAUAUAUCUUUAAAAUGCAGUGCUAUUCACGAAAAAGAAAACCAAAUAAUUUUAAAUGAGUCUGAUGAUAAAAAAGAAUUACCAGUACCAUGUGUUAAUGGUCAUCUUGAUGAUUGUGCUGCUAUUACAAAGUUAGACAGCUUUCAGGAUAAUGAUGUAAACCUUAGCAACCAUCCACUAGAUGCAACGUUUAAUUCACUUUCUGUGUCAGAUUAUAAUAACUGUCAGAUUUCAAAAAAUUCAUCCCCUAAGGUAAUGUCAGAUGUUUUGAGAACUGAAAAUAUUGGAGAUUCAUUUACUCAGUCACCAAGUAGUAGCCCAGAAGAUCAACCACGCAGUAGAUAUGGUCGUUUACGCAAGAAACGAGAACUUAGUCCUGAUAUGGAGUCAAUUCCGUUAGUGAGGAAGCGCAGUUUGAAGGGAGAUACUCCAAAGAUGCGUCAUUCUCUUGAAAAUUCUCAUACAAUCAGCAUAUUGGAAACUUUUCCAAAACCCAAGGAAAGUUCAAAUGAAAAUUCUUUUGAUAAUGGACUUGUAGAAAAUGGCAAUUUUGAAGCUAAUUCAUUUCUAGUUAAGAAAGACGAUAGUCCCCUGAUCCAGCAUCAGGAAUUUCCAGUAGAACAAAAAAAUUCUCCUCUAUCUCCACAUGUAGUUGAGAAUUCAUCUAUCUCAUCUCAGUCUGUACAUCCUAUUGAGUAUUUGGACAAUAACGUUACUAAGCAGCGACAUUUAUCAAUUACAGCAGAAGAUGAAAAAGAAGUACCAGCUGAAUGGAUAAUUGGAGAUCUCUUAUGGUCCAAAAUAUCUGGACACCCCUGGUGGCCAUGCAUGGUAUCAUUUGACCCUAUUCAGGGAAUUUACACCAAAGUUGUUCGUGUGAGGACUCUUGCACGUGUCUAUCAUGUUCAGUACUUUGGUCAUGAAGCUCAGCAUGGUUGGACUGUGCCGAGUUGUGUCAUGGCUUAUGAAGGAAAGGACAAAUUUGAAGAACAUGUUAAGAAUUUUAUAGCUUCAGUCCAUAAAAAAAACACCAAGAAUCGAAACAAACUUCUAGCAAAGUUCAAGAUCACUCCUGCUAGAAAGAAAGCAUGGGAACUAGCUGUAGAAGAAGCAGAAGAUGCUUUAAAAAUGAGUCGAGCUGAACGAAAGCAAGAACUGACUUUUCAAUAUGUGAUGCCAAAGCCAAAAAAGAAUUCAGUAGACAUAGAUGAAUGCAAACUAGAAAACAGUCAUGUAACCAAAAAUGGAAAAGCAAAAACACAUAGCAAUAAGUGUUCUCCCAAAGAAAAGCUCAAACAAAAAACACCCAAAGAAGGACCUGCAAAAAAAAAUAAAAAAGUUUGUUCUUCUAAAAUUCAAGGACGAACAGCAGCUGAAGAUAGAAAAGCAGAAAAAAAACAAAAGCAUAUAAAACAGACUUCUUCAAAAGCUCAUGAAAGGGGAAAUUUUUUUGUGUUUUGUAAAAAACAUUUGCACGAGAAACAACUGCAACAUCCAGACCUGACUAGUUCAGCACUCGAGGAUUUACUGAAGCAAGAAUGGGCUCUUAUGACUGACAUUCAGAAAGCUAGAUACAAAUCUCGUUUCACUUUGGGAAAGCUCAAUAAUGGACAUAUUUCUGGGGAUAAUAAAAUGAAAAUACAAGGCAUCAAGAACUUCAAACUAAAUAAAAAACUUAAUAACUUGAAAAAAAUAAAGGGUAGUACUUCAAAGACUGCAUACAGAAUACAUGAUGCAAAAAUACAAGGUACAGUUGAGUCCAUAGUUUCUCAUGGGAAAAUAACAGAAAAAGACAUGGAAGUUGAAAGAAAGGAGUCUGAAAGCAAUGGUAAUACAGUAACCCAGGAACUAGGGGAUGGAGAGCAGACCAUUGCCACCAUUGCUCGACAGGAAAGAGUAUGCCAAAUCUGUGAGAAGGUGGGUGAUGUUAUCAUCUGUAAAGGCCCGUGUUUGCAGAGCUUUCACCAAUCAUGUCUUGGUUUAACCCAUCUUCCUUCUGCUUUCAUGUGUGAUGAAUGCACAACAGGAAAACAUAUAUGUUUUGUAUGCAAAGAAACUGAAGGCAAUGUUCGGAAAUGUUUGAUAAGUACUUGUGGAAGAUUUUACCAUGAGAGAUGUUUGUUGAAGUACCCAUUAACAUCUAAAAUCGAAGGACGUGGCUUGACUUGUCCUUUGCAUGCCUGUCACUCUUGUGUUGCAGACAAUCCUAAACAGUCUCGUAGCUCUCGAGCACGAUACAUUCGGUGCAUCCGGUGUCCAACGGCCUAUCACAUGGGUGACAGCUGUAUUGCUGCAGGAUCAGUAACUGUUAGUCCUACGCAGAUGAUCUGUGCAAAUCACUUCUACCCCAAAAAAGGAAAGCAGUACCAAACACAUGUCAAUGUAAAUUGGUGCUUCAUCUGUUCUAUAGGGGGAAGCCUAAUUUGCUGUGAGUCAUGCCCUUCUGCAUUUCAUGCGGAAUGUCUGGACAUCAAAGCUCCUGAAGGCAGUUACUUUUGUGAAGACUGUGAGAUGAGAAAACAUCCACGUUAUGGAGAUAUUGUAUGGGUCAAAUUGGGGCCUUAUAGGUGGUGGCCAGCAGAAAUAUGUCACCCAACGUCUGUACCACUGAAUAUUAAGAAGCUAGAACAUGACAUUGGGGAAUUUCCAUCAAAUUUUUUUGGAUCGCAUGAGUACUACUGGACCCAUAGGGGGCGUGUCUUUCUAUUUCAAGAAGGAGACAAGGGAAGCAAAGAGAAAGCCCCUUACCGACAGCUGGCAAAGGUGUUUCUGAAAGCUGUAGAAGAGGCAAAUGAAACUAAUAAACCUAUUGGGAAAGUACAAAUCUAUACAGCAGACCUAUUAAGUCUGAAUCGUUGUGAGUGUGACCCCAAGUCUAGCAACCCAUGUGGUAAUGAGACAGAUUGUCUUAACCACAUGUUGAUGUUUGAAUGUCACCCAAGUGUUUGUCCAGCGGGAGACUUGUGCCAGAAUCAGAGAUUUCAGAAACGACAGUAUGUUCCAGCUGCACCAUUCAGAGUGGAAGACAGAGGCUGGGGGCUUCAGGCUCUCAGAGAUGUAAAAAAGGGCGAAUUUGUGAUUGAAUAUGUAGGGGAGCUGAUUGAUGAAGAAGAAUGUCAGAAACGACUCAAACAGAUGCAUGAAGAAAAUGACACAAAUUUCUACUUUCUAACUAUUGAUAAAGACCGCAUCAUUGAUGCUGGACCCAAGGGCAAUUUAUCUCGUUUUAUGAACCACUCUUGUCAGCCAAACUGUGAAACCCAAAAGUGGACGGUGAACGGAGAUACUAGAGUUGGACUUUUUGCUAUUUGUGAUAUACCUGCAGGCUCAGAGCUUACGUUCAACUAUAAUUUGGAGUGUCGUGGAAAUGAGAAGACAAAGUGUGUAUGUGGUGCACCAAACUGUAGUGGUUUUAUUGGAGUUCGACCAAAGACAGCAGCACUAAUCUUACAGGAAAAACGAGCCAAAGAAAAUGUUGUUAAAAAGAAGAAGAGAAAAUCCCAAGUGCCCAAACAUGAAGAUGAAUGUUUUCGAUGUAGAGAAGGAGGAGAAAUUUUAAUGUGUGACAGAAAAGGGUGUCCAAAAGCUUACCAUCUCAAUUGCCUGAGCUUAACCAAACCUCCAUAUGGAAAGUGGGAGUGUCCAUGGCAUCAUUGUGAUGAAUGUGGUAAGACCUCAGUAAUGCUCUGUGUUGAGUGUCCCAACUCAUUUUGCAAAGAGCAUGGUACACCAGACAAUAUUUUGGUUGUGGAUGGACACUUUUAUUGUACUGACCACAAAGAAGAUACGAAGUCCGAAGUGAAUGACUCACCAGCUGCUAAUUUAACAGAUGAAGAAAAUAAUCCUUCAUAAAACAGUAUGCCAAUCCUAAAACGUUAAUGAAUAUAUGAAAUGAAGACUUGGGUUGAAAUCAAUAGUGGUAUUGUGACUUCACAUGAAAAUAUUCACAGGGUUUUUCAAAUGGUUUUUAUAAGUUCCAUCUAUUGCAUCACUGCCAUUGUCUUUUUUACUGGUUAUUCCGCAUAUUAAAUUGUGGUCCUGUUUUCACUAUUCCAAAGUGUUGUAACCUAACUUUUGUAUUUUUAUCAUCAGUAAUAAAUACAAAACUCUUUAUCAAAUAACUAACUUUUUUUGAGGUGUGACCUUUGAGUCAAUGAACUAAAAGAAUACAUCAGUAGUGACAUGUAGAAUAUAAAAGAAAUUUAAGUAAUGGUAAGUUUGCAAAUUAUUAUAGACUAUCUGUAAAAAUUUGACUAGAUAAAAUAUGGAUUCUUUGAGCUGAGAGUUGGAGCAGUCAUGUUCAGCAGUUUUAAUGAAGAAAAUAAAUUUUUUGGUUAAAUGUUUGACAAUGCUGAAUACUCUGCUGUCAUGUGGAUUUGGCACAAAGCCUAACAGUAUAUUUUUUACAUUAUAUUCUCUAUCAAACAUAGGUACUUGACUGUGCAAGAUUUUCACUGGUAGUAGCUACCUACAAUAAAUUUUUUUGUCUAUUAGGUUUUUCCACAACUAGUAUUGAAAAUGUCUCGUGUAUCAUAACACAUCAAGGAAAGUGCUCCACUUGUUUCCUAAAAUAUUGACAGGGCAAAGCUAAUUUAUGGAACAGAGAUCUAGUUUAAUAAAAUCAGUUUUAAUUAUUUCAUUUCAUAGUAUACUUACAUAAUGUUAUACUUGCUGUUGUCACUUUAUUUCAAAUUUUUGUAGUGUGAUUAAUCUUGAUGUAAAAAUAAAUAACAGUUUCUAAUAUCUUCAA